AAAAACUUAGGAGACUUGGAAUUUUGAUGAAAACUCUGCCGAUCAUAUUCUUUUUCUACCUUGUCGAUUUUUGAUAUUUGAAAUUGACAUAUGUUAUCAUAUCUUGAUAAGAAAUAAAUAUAAAGCUGCUAAAUAAAAUUCAAAUUGAUUUUAUAGUUUAAAUAGAAACCUAAUAUUAUACAAUUUACGCAAAUAAUACGAAUUAAAAUUGGGCAAAUCUUAUUUCAGAAAUAUACAGGAAAAAUUUUUUUAAUCGCUGGCUGCGCCGAUACAUGAGCAACCAUGCGCAACAUAACCUAAAAUUAAAACGGAGGAGAGUAUGUGUUCACGUGGUGCUCGAAGUAUAAUCAUUAACUGAUUUUAUACACGAAUAAAGUUUAUAUCUUUGCUAAUUUUAAAAAAUAAAUAUCAUAAAUAUUACAAAAAUAAUGUUGCGAAAUGUUUGUUAAAAAAUAAUUUCAAUACAGAAAUUCUAGACACGUGUCGGUGUUUAAGAUUUUAUAGGUUGAAAACUUGUUGAUGUACAGUAAUAUGUUUCAUUAUUAUAAUAAUACAUUGCGGACUUCUAGCUAACGAGAAAACGAGCGAGAAAAUAAAAAGCCGCCGAAAUGUCGGCCGCGAUUGACAAUACGGUGAAACACAAGAGUCACAGGGACCGCAAUGCGGGUCGCAAGGCAGAAAAGAAGAAGGCCAAGAAGGAACACGGACUCCAGGAGUUGUCGGGCAAGCAGAGGAAUCCGAAGGCAUUCACCUUCCACUCCGCGAUCAAGGCAGAAAGGCAGUUCAGGCGAAGGCAGGACAUUGAGACUAAGAAGCAGCACGUACCUUUGAUCGAUAGAACACCCUUGGAACCGCCGCCGGUCUUGGUUGCUGUGGUAGGUCCGCCGAAGGUUGGAAAGUCGCUGGUUAUUCAAUGCCUGAUUAAGAGCUACGUCAAGCAGCCGUUGACCAGUAUUCUCGGCCCAGUCACCAUCGUGUCGGGUAAGAAGCGAAGGAUCACCUUCAUGGAGUGCAACAAUGAUGUGAACAGCAUGAUUGACAUCGCCAAGGUAGCAGACCUAGUGCUUCUGCUGGUGGACGCCUCCUUCGGUUUCGAGAUGGAGAUAUUUGAGUUUCUGAAUAUAUGCCAGGUGCAUGGUAUGCCCAGAAUUAUGGGUGUUCUCACUCACUUGGAUCUGAUAAAAGAUGCACGGAAGAUGAGGAAGAUCAAGAAGACGUUGAAGCAUCGUUUCUGGACGGAGGUGUAUGCCGGCGCGAAACUGUUCUAUCUUUCCGGACUGCUGCACGACGAGUAUCUCCGGACGGAGAUAAAGAAUCUGGCGCGGUUCAUCUCGGUCAUGAAGUUCAGGCCCUUGAAUUGGCGCAUCACCCAUCCCUACAUACUUGCUGAUAGGCUAGAGGAUCUGACACCGCCGGAGUUGAUCAGAAAGAACCCAAAGGUCGACAGAAAUGUCAGCUUGUAUGGAUAUGUCAGAGGAAUACCACUGAAUAAGGAGACGUCAGUUCAUAUACCUGGAUGUGGGGACAUGAAGAUCAAGGAUGUGAAUUUUCUGCCAGAUCCCUGUCCACUUCCGGAGCAGAUUAAGAAGCGAGCCCUCGUGGAGAAAGAACGACUAAUAUACGCGCCGUUCUCCGGCGUCGGUGGCAUAGUUUAUGACAAGGAUGCCGUUUAUGUGGAACUGGGCGGUAGUCACUCCUACAAGGAGGAGGACACAGGUUUGACUGGCGCUUUGAAGGACACGCAAGAGACGCUGGACCAGAAACUGCAACACAGCGAGCUGAAACUGUUCAGCGACGCCGCGCCGAUAAAAUCACAGGAUGUGGACGAAAGUAUGGCUCCUUAUACGGGCGAACUGGUGACAGAAAACGGAAGAGUUCGACGAAGAGUGAUAUUUAAAGACGAAGCGGACAUAGAAAACUUAAAUAAGGAUGAUGACGAUAAUCCCAUAAAACAUAAUGACGAAGACGAAGACGACGAAGAUAACGAAGAUGACAAUGAUAACGAAGACAGCGACGAUGACAAUGAUAACUGCAAAAUGGAUGAAAAUGAUGAAGAUGAAUCGAGCGACGAAGAGAUUUUAGAAGGAUCUAAUAAAAAGGGUGUUAAAAGAAAAAAUACUGAGGACAACAAAGUACAAAAGAAAAAGAAAAGAGACUCAGUUAAUUCAGCCAAUGAAAAUGACGAUGCAGAUUUCGAUGAGCUUGAGUUGGCGUCUGAUAAGAGAAUAAAUGUUUCUCAAGAAAAUGCAGGAGUGUAUCAUUCCCUGAGUAAAGAAUCAGAUAAAUUGAUAAAAAAUAAGAUCUCAGAGGCAUUGAGUUUUUUGGAGGCGACAAAGACAAAUAUAAAGCAGGACAUUGAUGACGAAAGCUUCGAUGAGCUCAGUGACGAGGACUCACGCGCGGGAUUAGAGAUGAAUGAUGAAGAUGAGUUCAGCGAUAUUGGAGACAAAGACGAUGCUUUCGAAGAAGAAGACGAAGAACAAGGAGAAGAGGAAAGAGAUAUCAAGAUGGAUGAGAGCGACGAAGAAGUCGCGGAUGAAUUUAAGUGGAAGAGGAAUUUAACCGAGAAGGCGAGAGAAGCUUUUGUAGAUCGCCAGCGAAGCAACAAGAAUUUGAUGAAAAUGGUUUACGGAGUGUUCGAUAAAAGCAACGCGAUGGAGGAAAAAGAGGAUAAGGAGGACGAGAAGCCUAGCGAGGAUAUCGGCGGAAUAUUUCACGUGGUUCAAGAACAGCAAAAGCAAAAGAUACACGAGCGAGAGCUGCAGAAUCAGGAAGAGUCCGUUUUCUUCACGACGGAGAGCCCGCGCGAUUGGCUGGAGGAGGAAAACAAAGCGUUGCUAAUCAACUAUUUCGUGACGGGCAAGUGGAAGGAAUCGGAGGACGCCGAGACGCUCUUGAAGUUGGACGACGAGGAGGAACUGUAUGGCGACUUUGAGGACCUGGAGACCGGAGAGAAGCACAAAGGUGAGACCGCAGCUCCCAAGGAGUUGCCGGCAGACGAGGAAGAGGAAAAGAAAAAGCUAUUAGAAAAGAAGAAAAAGCUGAAGGAGCAGUUUGAUGCAGAAUAUGACAAUACGGAAAAGAAAACAUAUUACGAUGAACUAAAGGCCGAGGUCGAGAGGCAGGCAGGUAUCAACAAGUCAGAAUUCGAAGGACUAGAUGACGAUGUCAGAGUUCAGUUAGAGGGCUACCGUCCUGGUAUGUAUGUGCGCGUGGAAUUCGAGGCGGUGCCGUGCGAACUGAUAACGCAUCUCGACCCAACGUAUCCGAUCAUCAUUGGCGGUCUGUUGCACGGCGAGGAAAACAUCGGCUAUGUGCAGAUGCGAAUCAAGAAGCAUCGAUGGCACUCGAGGAUCCUGAAGAGUCGCGAUCCGCUCAUAUUCUCCAUAGGUUGGCGUAGAUUCCAGUCGCUGCCGAUUUACUCCAAAUUGGAGGACAAUCUGCGCCACCGAAUGCUGAAAUACACGCCGGAACACAUGGCGUGCAUGGGCCACUUUUGGGGUCCGAUCACUCCACAAGGUGCCGGAGUUCUGGCAGUGCAGGAUGUCGCAAGCAGGGAACCGGGUUUCCGCAUUGCGGCGACGGGCUCGAUUGUAGAAUUGGACAAGACCACGCAGGUUGUGAAGAAGCUAAAGCUCACCGGCGUGCCACAAAAGAUCUAUCGCAAGACCGCGUUCAUUAAGGAUAUGUUCAACAGCGCCCUCGAGGUUGCCAAAUUCGAGGGUGCGCGAAUUAAGACGGUCUCGGGUAUUCGUGGUCAGAUUAAGAAGGCGGUCGCCAAACCAGAAGGUUGCUUCCGUGCUACAUUCGAAGACAAGAUAAUGCUGAGUGACAUAGUAUUCUGCAGAACGUGGUACAAGGUUGACGUGCCACGCUUCUAUAACCCAGUGACAUCACUGCUACUACCACCUGCGGAGAAGAAUCAGUGGCGCGGUAUGAAAACUACGGGCCAGCUGAAACGAGAGAAGAAUAUCCAUGCCGAAGCUAACAAGGACUCAAUGUACACGCCGAUUAAGCGAGAGGUAAAGCCAUUCAGGCCGCUAUUCAUUCCGCGCAAGUUGCAGAAAGAGUUACCGUUCAGAGACAAGCCCAAACUCGGGCCCGUGCCGCAUUGGCGCAAGGCCAAUUUCAAACAAGGUAGAGUCGCCGUAGUGCGUGAACCCCAAGAAGAGAAAAUCGCGCGUAUGAUGAAGAUGAUUAGAACAAAUUACGCACAAAAGCAAAAACAAGAGAAGGAGGCUAUGACAAAGAGAAUAACGGCGUAUCAGGCGCGAGUCGCGGAGGAGGAAGCCAGGAAGAUGACGAAGCAAAAGCAGGUGAAGAAGGAAGUCUUUAGGGAUCUCAGUAAGCUGGAAAAGAAAAAAAAUCGGUGAGGUUUCUGAGACAAAAUAUGAAUAAAUUAAUAUUUCAAGAUUGAGAAAGUGUACAUAAUUUUCUUCACAUACAAAUAUAUAUAGCUCGGAAAGCUGAAAAGAAUAAAUAUACUUAAUCGGAAUGUUGAGUUUAUUAACGUUUGCACAUAAGUUACAAUAAUUACCAUAUAUUAUCAAAUAUAUUAGUCCAUACAAAACAUAUAAUAACAAUGUUAGCCGCGGCGUUUUUACAAUAUAGCUUGCGAUCCACGCCACGAUGUAAUAGUAUGAUGGCCUGUCGAAUAAUUAUCUCCGCCCUGAAAAAUCGUAUAUAUCCAAACAUUAUGGCAUUUAUUUUAAUGCCAGUUGUAUAAUAUCCAUGAAAUAUAAUUAUGCAAACAUUUGCAUAUAACUCUAAUUAUAAUGUAUAUAUAAUAUAGUUUAUAAUAAAUAUUUAAUUAUAUA